AUGGGACUGGAGAGCAGCAGGUUUGGGAAGGCUCAGAACAAAAUCCUCUCCCGAGAGCUGAAAGUUUGCGAUAAGACUACAUACGCCUCCAGGGCAAAAUCGGUUUCAUUUCCUGUAAUAGAUGUUCUAGAAACUGAUGCAAAACCAAAUGAAGAUAAAGAUGAAUUUUAUUUGUCUCUUUCUACACCAGGUUGCUACCAGUUUGGAAGACAAACCAUAAGAGACUACAUAGCUCAAAGGAGAGAAAUGUUUCUUGCUCAGUUCUCUAUCAACACAAAACAAGAUGCAAUAAAAGAGAUGAAGCAAAUUCUUUUAAAAGAAAAGAAAAAAAUAGGUGAUGCCGAAGGGAAACUUGAAGAGGACACUGAAAGAUUAGAAGAAUUUUUGAAGGAAACUGAUAGAAAUGUAGUGGAGGCUUUGAAACUUGCAGACCAAGAAACAAAAGCUAAACUCGAAAAGAUCAAAGAAACCAAGAAAGUCACUGCAGAAAUUCUGGCACUUAAAAGUGACAUUGCUAAAUUUGAAGAGACUCUUAAGGAGUACAAAUUAUAUGAACAUUUCCUUAGCCUGUUGUCUCCAUCAGAAUGGCGGGAAGCUCAAAAUGAGAAAAGAGUAAUCAGGGAGGCAGCAAAGAAAACGUACAGAGAAAGAAGAUUAGCUUUGCUUUUUCCACCUGUAACAAAAAGGUCAGAUGGAAAGUUAAUGAGAUUAUUGUCUAAAGCCGAAGCUAUGAGAGAGCAUAGAUAUCUGCCCUGUCGUAUGUCAUCUGUCACUGAAAGUAAGAGAUCAUCAACUAGAACUCCCAGUGAAGCAUCUACUGAUGAGCGAGAAACGCAAACUGGCAAUUCAGACAGUGAAGAGGAGCCUGAACUAUAUUUCACUGAUCCCCAACAGCUACUUCAGAUUUUUGCAGAUCUGGAAGAACAAAAUGCUAUUUUUAUGAAAAAGGCUCAAGAAUUAGAUGAAGCUAUGCAGGAAAUCAAAGCAAGAAAGACCACCAGUCAGGAAAGAAUGAACAAGAAAAUAAAAGCUCUAAAUGAACAGAAGAACAUGCUUUCAGAGGCCUUAGUCAAAGAACAAGAACAGAUUGCAGAACUUGAGCUGAAAACUAAGAUGUUUACUUUUGAGAAUGUGACAUUAGAAGAUCAGGAUAACAUUUUAGCUACACUGAAGAAAAAAAUUACAGAUGUAUACUCAAGUUGUAUAGGUGAGGUCCGGGCAGCAAUAGACACCGUGCAAAUGUUAUCAAGCAUUGAGAAUCGACUUGGAGAAUUGCAAGACGCAUUAGAGUCACUUCCAAAGGAAAUGGUUGCAGCUGCACAAAAAGCAAAGCAAAGGGAAAGGAGGAUGAGAAUCCAUCAAGAAAAGUUAAAGGAUGAAUUGGUAAAACAAGAAAAGCGUAUGAUGCGAGCCCUGGAAAGAGCAACCGCAUCUCCUUGCAGAACUCUGACCUGCCGAAACCUGAGAUGGGGAAAAACCCCAGAAUGCCAGUCGGACUUGAAGCAAUUCUUCGAGCCAGAGCGCGGCAAAGAUGACGGCACAGCGUCCUCCUCACUCCACUAUUCGUCGACUCCACCAGACCCAGAGAGCCACCCUUCACCCACCUCACAGACAUCACCGGUGAGUGCGACACCAUAUAGGUCAGAGCACCGGGUCUUACCAGCUCCCCCUUUGCAAACAAAGAUUGCAGACAUAAUAACGCAUGAAGGAGAGCGGGGAAUGCGCCAUGACACCAGGUCUGAAGCGCCUUCACCACCAAGGCCCGACCUGCAUGGCAUGGAACAGGGCAAGGGACAUUGUGAACAUCCUCAUAGCCCACCUGAGACAGAGGAAGCUUCCUCCUCAGAUGAAGGGGCAAAUACCCAUAUGAUGGAUGCAUCGGAGGAAGAUGGACGCACUAGCUGCGUCCCACUCUCCAGUGUCUGA